UAGAUUUCCGAAGCGAGUCUCAGCUGUUCUGAAACGCAGUUCUUCACCUCUUCAACUUCCAAGCGACAAUUCUCAAAUCAAGAAUGCCAAACGUUCCUUCAACCUCGAUCAGAACCCUAUCGACUCUACAAUCCAAUUAAGCUAGAGUAAUGCUAAUCGAAUACUACACAAGUUCCCAUUUCUGCAAUUGCCAAAACCUGGAUCUCUAAACCCAACCCUAACAGAUCCAAAUCCGUUAUAACGGCCGAUGUCUUGCUUGGCGCUCUCUCUACAACCGGCAAACGGAUCUGACAUCCUCCUCCAGACGCGCGAGUGGUUCCCACCCUCACGCGCCCUCGGUGCACUCUCCGCCUUCCGUCACACACGCCACGCUUUCGCCGCCAGCGCAAAGAACCCCAAUGCCGUCCCCGAUGACGCCUACGCAGCAGAGUCCAUCGGCGAUGACCCCCUCGCCGCGUCCAGUGGCCAGGUCAUCGUCGGCGUCGAGAGUCGCUACCGAAUCGUGUAUCGCCUGGUCAACGGAAUUUACGUCCUUGGAAUAACCGUCGCCGACCAUGAUAACUCCGUUAACGUCUUCGAGUGCAUUCACAUCGUCAACCAGGCCGUCAGCGUCGUCGUCACCGCCUGUCGUGGCGUCGACGUCACGCCGGAGAAGCUCAGCCGCAAGUACGCUGAGAUCUACAUGGCUCUGGAUAUCGUCCUCCGCGGCGUCAGCAACAUCCGCCUCGCCGCCAUGCUCGCCACCCUGCACGGCGAAUCUAUUGCCAAGAUGGUCCACUCUGCCGUUGACACUGAGAACAAGAUCCGCGGAGCCGACACCUGGUCAGCCGUCGAGAUCCACUCGCUCGAGCAACAGGCCGCGAUCGAUGCCUUCUCUGGCACCCGAUUUGAGCUU